GAAUCAUCAGUCCUACGGAUUCUCCUUUCAAACACUUUUGGCAACCAGUCAGAGCCAGAAUCUAGGGAGAGAAAGCAAGGAGGCCGGCCAUAAUCUCCCUAGUCAAAUCUCGUUCUCUCGGUUCAUAGAAAAUGGCCGAUGCUGAUGAUAUUCAGCCACUUGUAUGUGACAAUGGAACUGGGAUGGUGAAGGCUGGAUUUGCCGGUGAUGAUGCUCCAAGAGCAGUGUUUCCCAGUAUCGUUGGUCGCCCCAGACAUACUGGUGUCAUGGUUGGGAUGGGACAGAAGGAUGCUUAUGUGGGUGAUGAAGCCCAGUCCAAGAGAGGUAUCUUGACUUUGAAAUACCCCAUUGAGCAUGGUAUAGUCAGUAACUGGGAUGAUAUGGAAAAAAUAUGGCAUCACACUUUCUACAAUGAGCUACGUGUUGCUCCAGAGGAGCACCCUGUCCUCCUCACUGAAGCACCACUUAACCCCAAAGCAAAUAGAGAGAAGAUGACACAGAUCAUGUUUGAGACAUUCAAUGUUCCUGCAAUGUAUGUUGCUAUUCAGGCUGUGCUCUCCUUGUAUGCUAGUGGCCGUACAACAGGUAUUGUUCUGGAUUCAGGUGAUGGUGUGAGUCAUACAGUGCCCAUCUAUGAAGGUUACGCUCUCCCCCAUGCCAUUCUUCGUCUGGACCUUGCCGGACGUGACCUCACAGAUCACCUCAUGAAGAUCCUUACUGAGAGAGGUUACAUGUUCACUACUUCUGCCGAGCGGGAAAUUGUUCGUGACAUGAAGGAAAAGCUUGCAUAUGUGGCACUGGACUACGAGCAAGAGCUUGAAACUGCAAAGAGCAGCUCCUCUGUUGAGAAGAACUAUGAGUUGCCUGAUGGACAGGUGAUCACAAUCGGGGGAGAGAGGUUCCGUUGCCCCGAAGUCCUCUUCCAGCCAUCUAUCAUUGGAAUGGAAGCUGCGGGCAUUCACGAGACUACCUACAACUCCAUCAUGAAGUGUGACGUGGAUAUCAGGAAGGAUCUGUAUGGCAACAUUGUUCUGAGUGGUGGGUCUACAAUGUUCCCUGGCAUUGCUGAUCGGAUGAGCAAGGAAAUCACUGCUUUAGCUCCCAGCAGCAUGAAGAUUAAGGUGGUUGCUCCACCUGAAAGAAAAUACAGUGUUUGGAUUGGUGGAUCCAUCCUUGCCUCCCUCAGCACCUUCCAGCAGAUGUGGAUUUCCAAAGGGGAGUACGAGGAGUCUGGCCCAUCAAUUGUCCACAGGAAGUGCUUCUAGGAUGCUGCUGCUGCUACUACUUGUAGGGGGAAGAUGCUACAAUAGUUUGCCUCUUCUGCCUCGCUGUUUCAUUACAAGUAUGUGUUUGUAUUUGGUGAGUGACUAGUUUUGAUUUUAAUUCUUUUUUCUUCCGAAUUUUUAUUAUAUGGCUCUUUACUCACCAGACAUACAUAUGUUAAUAGUUUAUGGUAAGGGAAGUUUGUGUUUGGGGAAAUUGUGGGUUGGGUCAGGUUGAAAUGUUCGAAGUUUUUUUCUUUCGAGUUGGUGUGGAUGCAUGCAAAAUUUGUUUUCUUAUUUUGAACUGCUCAGACUACUAUAUUG